AUGCCUGCUCCGUACACCCUCGCAACUCCUAUCGGGGAGAGGGCUUUCGGCGAACUCGGCCUCCAGCCCAGCGCGGAAUCGUCCGGGUCCUUUACCCCCGCCAACCGCGAGCUCUCCGCCAAUACCCUCGUUCCGCGCUCUGCCAAUUCAUCCAACCCGUCGGUUUACUCGCAGCAGAACGCCGUUGCGGACGAGGACCAUCGCCCUGCCCCCUCUCCCAGCGUGAGCUCGAACGAUCACGCUGGUAACAACAACAAGCCCGAAAACAACGCUGCCGAUGCCACCCCCCAAGGUUCGGAUCGGAGCACGACUCCCGUGCAGGCUGAGGGUAGCCCUGGUACAGGCAAGAAGGGAAAGCGCUCAGAAGGGUCAGAGGAUGGGGACGAGGAGGACUGGAGCUACGACUCUCAACUCAAGGCCGACCACAAGCUCGCCGAAUCCCGGGGUAUCCCUCCCACUCGCUCUCUCGCCCUCGCCUACAAAGACCUCUGCGUCCGCGGAACCGGUAGUGCCGACGACGUGACCUACGCGCCCACCGUUGGCGGUAUCCUCUUCCCUUGGAAGGCGAGGGGGUAUAAGAAGCGCCAGGCCAAGCUCACUGCUGCAAGGCAGACGGAGGAUCAGAAGAACGCGGUCAAGGAUGAAAAGGAGGAGGCGCUGAAGAAGGGAGAGCGGUUCCUCGUCAGGGACUUCAAUGGCGUGGUACAGCCGGGAGAAAUGAUGUUGGUCGUAGGCCGACCCGGCAGUGGCUGUACAACCUUCCUCAAAGCCCUCUCCGGACUCCACCAGGGCUACGCUGGCGUCGACGGCAAAGUCUACUACGGGACGAUGGACUCGGACAAGGCGCUCACCCCGUACAAAUCCGACGUCGUCUUCAAUCCGGAAGAGGACAUGCACGACCCCAACCUCCUCGUCGGGCACACCAUGGACUUUGCGCUCCGCAACAACACCCCCGCUCCAGGCGUCCGGCUUCCCAAGGAGGAGGGCGGCGAAGCAAUGACGGCAGACGAGUACCGGACGAGGGAGAAGGGGACCCUGCUCAAGGUGUUCGGCCUGGAGCACACCCAUGACACCAAGGUCGGGGACCAGUACGUCCGCGGAGUGUCAGGCGGCGAAAAGAAGCGGGUCUCGAUCGCCGAGGUUCUCACCUCCAAGGCGUCCAUCCAGAUGUGGGACAAUGCCACUCGCGGUCUCGAUGCGGACACGGCGCUGCGGUACACCAAGGUCAUUCGGACGCUCUGCGAUGUCGAUCGGAACGCGGCGGUCGUCACGGUCUACCAGGCAGGCAACGGGAUCUACGACUGCUUUGACAAGGUCACUGUUAUCGCCGAGGGGAGGGUCAUCUACUAUGGUCCGAGGGAGGAGGCGAGGGGGUACUUUGAGGAUCUGGGCUUUGUCCAUCCCGACGGAGGCAACACCGCGGACUUCUUGACCUCAGUCACAGCUACCAAUGAGCGUCAAGUCAAGGACGGUCACAACGGCAAGGUCCCCACCACCGCUGCCGAGUUCGCUGAGGCGUACAACAAGUCCGAAACCUCCAAGCGGAUGCACGAGGAGCUCGAUCGCCACCUCGCCGACGAGAAGCUUCAGCGAAACACCGAGGAAGCACAGGGUGUCAUCCAGGCGCAAAAGGAGAAAUACGCCAUCAAGUCUUUCCCCCAAAAGACGAGCUUCUUCACCCAGGUCAAGGCGGCGUUGAUCCGGGACUAUCAGCAGCGAUGGGGAGAUCAAUGGACGCUAUGGGCUCGUCAAGUCACCACGCUCAUCCAGGCGCUCACGGUCGGAUCGGUCUUCUACAUGGCGCCAGACAAUACUGGCGGUCUUUUCCUCCGCGGCGGUGUCGUCUUCCUGUCCCUUCUCUACCCAUCCCUCAUCUCGCUCUCGGAAACUACUAGCGCCUUUUCCGGUCGAGCCGUCAUGGCCAAGCACAAGGCGGCGUCCAUGUACCGUCCCUCGGCGGUCUUUGUCGCGGCUACUAUCGGCGACUUGCCCAUCUUUUUCGUCCAACUGGUCAUCUUCACCCUCAUCAUCUACUUUAUGGCUGGACUCAAACAGACAGCGGGCGGCUACUUUACCUACCUCCUCUUUGUCUACUUCUGCACCCUCACCACCACGGCCUUCUUCCGUUUCGUCGGUUACUCCUUCGGUACCUUCAACAACGCGUCCAAGGUCUCAGGCUUCAUGUUCUCGGUACUCGUCACGUACGCCGGCUAUGCCAUUUACUCGCCCUUCAUGAAGCCAUGGUUUGCCUGGAUUCGGUGGAUCAACCCCAUCUACUACUCGGUCGAGGCGCUCGUCGCGAACGAGCUGGACGGGUUGCAACUGCAGUGCAUCCAGCCUCAGCUCGCGCCAUACGGUCCGGGCUACGAGGGUCAACCCGCCGGAUGCGCUAUUGCCGGGGCUACGCCCGGAUCGACCAUCCUCUCCGGUACCGCAUGGAUGAACACCGCUCUCGAAUUCUACCGGUCGCACGUUUGGCGCAACUUUGGCUUUGUCAUUGCCUUCUGGUUCCUCUGCCUCUUGCUCUGCGCCAUCGCUAUCGAGCGCCUCCCCGCUGCCGGAUCCAACAAGGCGACUUUGCUCUACAAGCCCGGCGGCGGCGGCAAGUUCAUCAAGCAGGCCAACAAGAAUGGGCAGGAGCCAAGGGAUGAGGAGGAGGGAGCGGGCGCGAUGCAGACCAACGAGAAAGCGGGCAACAAGGGGAAGGGCGAGAAGAAGGGGGAGAAGGAGAAGGGGAAUGACGCGGUGCAUGCAGCCAACACUGUCUUUACCUGGAAGAACCUCACCUACACUGUCCAAGCUGGCGGCAAGGACCUUGUCCUCCUCGACGACGUCUUUGGCUACUGCAAGGCCGGUACUCUCACCGCUCUCAUGGGCGCGUCCGGCGCCGGCAAGACCACCCUCAUGGAUGUCCUCGCGGCUCGCAAGACCGAAGGCGAUAUCGCCGGCGAGGUCCUCAUGAACGGCCGCACCCUCCCCGUCUCGUUCCAGCGCACCACCGGAUACUGCGAGCAGGUCGACGUGCAUCUCCCCCAGGCGACCGUCCGCGAGGCGCUCGAGUUCUCUGCGCUGCUCCGUCAACCUCGGUCGGUCUCGGACAAGGACAAGCUGGCUUACGUCGACGUCAUCAUCGACCUGCUGGAGCUGCAUGACUUGGAGGAUGCGAUGAUUGGGACGCCGGGUGCGGGAUUGGGUGUCGAGCAGCGGAAGCGGUUGACCAUCGGUGUCGAGCUGGUCAGCAAGCCUACUCUUCUCUUCCUCGACGAACCCACUUCCGGUCUCGACGGUCAAAGCUCCUUCCUCAUCGUCCAAUUCCUGCGGAAACUCACUGCCGCCGGCCAAGCCGUCCUCUGCACCAUCCACCAGCCGUCCGCCUCCCUCUUUGCCCAGUUCGAUAACCUCCUCCUGCUCAAGAGGGGCGGCAAGACCGUCUACUUUGGUGCAAUCGACCAGCUCAACGGAUACUUUAGCGACAAGGGCGUCGACAUUCCCAAGGACGUCAACCCGGCGGAGCGCAUGAUCGACAUCGUCUCGGGCGGCUUGUCCAAGGGACGGGACUGGGCGGACGACUGGUCCAAUUCGAACGAGUGCAAGGAGCGAUUUGCAGAGCUCGAGCAGCUCAACAAGGACAACGAGGGGCGGGAAAGCCAAAACGAGGAUGACAAGUACCAGUACGCGUCGACUACCCCCAUGCAGCUCAAGCUCGUCCUCAAGCGGGCGUCGGUCCAGCUCUGGCGGGAUACCGAAUACGUCACCAACAAGGUCAUGCUCCAUAUCGGUUCUGCUCUGUUCAAUGCCUUCAGUUUCUGGAUGAUUGGCAACGCCUAUGGAGACCUCCAAAACCGCCUCUUUACCGUCUUCAACUUUAUCUUUGUCGCUCCCGGUGUCAUCGCCCAGCUUCAACCCAAGUUCAUCGCCAACCGGGACGUCUUUGAGACGAGAGAGAAGAAGGCCAAGAUCUACUCGUGGUGGGCAUUCUGCUUUGGCGAGAUUGUUGCCGAGGCGCCUUACCUUAUCGCCUGUGCUUUCCUCUACUGGGCUCCAUGGUACGCUGUCGUCGGCUUCAGCUACUCCCCUUACCCCGCCGGCCCCGUCUACCUUCAAAUGACCCUCUACGAAUUCCUCUAUACCGGUAUCGGCCAGUUCAUCGCGGCUUACGCGCCCAACGCCGUCUUUGCCGCGCUCGUCAACCCGCUCCUCAUCGGUGUGCUCGUCCUCUUCUGCGGUGUCUUGGUACCGUACACGCAGAUCACUGCUUUCUGGCGCUACUGGCUGUACUACCUCAACCCCUUCAACUACCUCAUCGGUGGAAUGCUCAACCCCAUCCUCUGGGACGUCGAUGUUCGGUGCACCGAGCAGGAGUUCGGAGUGUUUGACCCACCCGCAGGUCAGACGUGCGGCGCCUACAUGUCGUCCUUCCUCCAGCAAGCUACGGGCUACAUUGACAACCCCGACGCGACAUCACAGUGCCGAUACUGCGGCUACGAGAAGGGUAGCGAGUAUCUCGAGAGCUUGAAUUUGGGUAGGUGGAUCGACGGAUGGAGGGAUAUUUGCUUGACUUUGCUCUUUGUUGUCUCUUCUUAUGCUCUCGUUUUCCUCUUGCUCAAGCUGCGGAGCAAGCAGUCCAAGACGGCCAAGUAG